AUAAACAUCUUAGGGUUUGAAUUUCCUGCAAAAAAAGCCCUACAAUACAAAAGAGGGCAAAGACAAUAUGCGCACAAGUAGGCACCAAAAAUAUUCUCAUCUCGCAAAAGGAACCACUGUAGAAGUAACCUCCGACGAAGAAGGGUUUAAGGGAGUGUGGUUCGAAGCCACAGUGCUCGGUGCGUCUUCCCCCGGUUCGAAGAGUAAAGAGGUUUGGGUCGAAUACAAAAGUAUUGUUGCUGAAGAAAAUGGUUCAGAACCGUUAAAGGAGGUUUUGCAUGUGUCUUUUGUUAGGCCGGUGCCUCCGGUUGAAAAAAUUGAGAAGUUUGAGCUGUACGACGUUGUAGAUGCCUUUCAUAAGGAUGGUUGGUGGACUGGUGUCGUGACACGUGUUCUGGAAGAUUCUAGAUACCAAGUGACUUUCGAUAACCCGCCUGACGAGCUUGAAUUUGGGGUUUCUGAGUUGAGAUUUCACCAGAAAUGGGUCAAAAGGAAAUGGGUCCGACCCGGCAAGCAGAGAACAGGCUCAUUGAUGUUUAGUGUGGGAGAGAAUGUGGAAGUAUCAUUUGAUAGUGAUGAUCGCCGUGAUGCUUGGUUUCCUUCAACUGUCCUUGAACAUUGUGGAAAUAGCUCUUUUUUGGUGGAGAGCUAUCGGCGAGCCUCUGACAAGAAGGCGAUUGUUGAGAAAGUAGUAGUUGAUUCAUUCCAUAUCCGGCCUAUUCCACCGCGUAUCGUAAACAAAUUCAGCUUGCUGGAAAAAGUGGAUGCCCUUUAUGAUUAUGGCUGGUGGAGUGGUGUCAUCACAAGGGAGCUUGAUGAUAGUAGGUAUAUUGUCUUUUUUAAGCACACAAACAAGGAGAUGGAGUUGAACGACUCGGAUUUGAGACCUCACAUGGAUUGGAAAGAUGGGCAAUGGUUUACUAACGCUCGGGAAGUUUCAGUUCCUUCAGAUUCUCAGACUAAGGGGAGCAAUAACUGCAAUGACGCUGGUAUUUUACAAAAAGUUGUUCCACUUGGAAAAUCAACCAAUAUGAAUGAUAUCUCUGAGGAAAGAACUCGACAUUCUGUUAAGUCUAUAGAGGAUCCUAAUGAGAAACCUUCAACUGACUAUAUUUCACUGGAGAAGACACCGCAGAAGGCCCUUUCCAGUUGUAAUGCUGCUUCUUUGCAGGCCCAAGAGCUUCCCAAAGAGGGAACUAAAACUCCAAAAGCAUCACUUAAAGCAUGCAAACUUAGUGCUAAGCCUUCUGAAACACCCUGUACAAAGAGUCCCGCUGAUUAUCCCAGCCCAAAUUCUGAAUAUGCUGAAAUGAAGAUUUUAGCACCUGUAGCUGGAGAUGACCAGCCUGGUAAUCACUCUUGGAAGAAAAGAACUAGGAAGAACUGCCAGGAACUUGGUCAAGAAAAGGGUGGGACACUCGAGAAGUUGCAAGGUGCAAAAGGUAGCAAGGGAAUUGCAAUAGAAAAUGCUGCUGAAAUUACUCAAAAACGCUCUAAACGCAAAGAAACUGAUGUUCCUAUCGUCAUGGGGCUGGAGUGUACUAAAGUCAGGAGCUCUGGGACUAAAAGAUCUCGUCAGAUUGAUAAUGAAUCUUUGGAGCCUAUUGGGGAUCUGAAGCAGAUUGAUGCUGCCAUAGACUGUAGACAGGAGACCAAACAAUCAGGUGAUGGAGACGGCAGUCAGAAGAGAAAAAGGGGAAGGCCAGCGAAGAAACCAAUUUCAACCCCAACAGUUAUGGGACCAAAUGGAGAUCAUUCAAAAGAUGAGAGCUCAUGUCCUGUCGAGCUAGCAAUUAUGGUAAAUGGAGAUGGUAAGGAGCAACUACAGGUUCAAAUGGGGCACACCCGAAAAAGAGGGAGGACAAGGAAGAUGCCCGCAACAAAAUUGUCAAGUGAGAAAACAGGUCAGUCUUUGUUCCAGCAGCAUGAGAAGCAUUAUAUAAAACGGGGAAAGCGACAGACAGAAAGUGUAAAUAUUGAAUCUCAAGCUCAAGGUUCUGUUGACACUUCUGGAGUGAAAACUGUUGAAUCAAACAGGAUUGCAAGCGAUGGUGAGGAAGUUCUUGCUGAAUACAACAAAUUAGAUGAUCAACCACUCGCAAAGUGGUUUGAAGAAAUGCAGUCUCCAACUUCUGUUGAUGGAUCAAGAGUUGCACCUGCAUGUGAUGCGAAGCAAUGUGCUGAGAUAAGGGAGAAACAAGACAUGCCCAUCCAAACUCCUGUCGACGGGACCCCAACAACCCAGACUGAAACACAGAGCUUGCCUUUUAUAAAGGAUUCAGAUGUUUGGUCACUGUUUGAAACCAUGGCUAUUUUCCAGAAAUUUCCUCAGAAGCCACAUUUCCGUCCAUUGGAACUCUGCAAAGAGAGUAAACGUGAGGGACUAGCUAUAGGUUGUAUGGUAACUUUUUCAAGCAUUGCAGAGAAGACUUAUAGAUUGCACUUUGACGACCCCAGAAGCUCCAUUGAAGAAAAACUGGAGACUCUCAGCGACUUGGAAAAGCAUGGAUUUGAAGUGCAGCCUGUAAGAGAUCAUUUAACUUUCUUGUUGGCGAUGAAAGAUAAGAAGGAAAAGCUUGAAGCACGGGCUGCAGAUAUCGAUAAUCAGAUUAUCGUCCAUAAUACAGACAAAGAAAAAAUUGAACGAGAGAUUGAAGAGAACAACAAACAAAUAGCAGAAUUACAGCAUAAAAAUUCUGUGGCUAUUUCAAGGAAGGAGGUUAUGGAGCGUGAAAUUGAUGGUUUGAGGUCUCAGUUGGAGGAUAUUCAAGCAGACCUGAAGAAAUGCACAUAAUGAAUUUGAUCUGUAGCUGCUACCAAUGUCGCCGUUGUGGUUAAUCUUGAAAAAUGGUUUGCUGUUAUUGCAUGAACAAUAUUAUAGUCACUAGUUUCGUAGUUGGGUUGGUGUUGUCAACAAUUUGGGGUUCACGUCGAAUGUUGUAUAUGUCCUGUCGAUAACUUAUUGUGUCUGAAGUAAGACAUGUUUUUGAAUUGUUAUAGUUAGCCCCAGACAACACUAAUUGAGCCUUUAAGGUUCAAAAUGAAUUUGGAAACUGAUCUUAACCAUGGGUUUCCUCCGCCCGGAGGAAAUAGUUAUGUGAUGAAUCUGACGUUGUAGUUGAUUGUGCCUUUGUUAAUUUAUUAUUCUCUUGU